UCCCAUUAGCGACGACGACAGCUUCGAUCCUUGUCCCACUGUCAGUCGGUUCCCAAUGCCACGCAACUCGGUGGAACCAUUUCAAGAACCCCUAUACCGUCAUACCUUCGAUGGCAGCAGACAGAAUCAGGAUGUGCUCUCACCCUGUAGUAACCAGGACGAUGAAUAUCAAUGUUGCAACUUGCCGGAGUGCCCGAAUAAUAGUCCUUCUCUUCAGAUGACCAACGAUACGACUUCGCUACAUAUUCCACUAAAUUCUUUACGUCACUUUCAACCUCUACUCAACCUAUCUCAGCAUUCCCGACGUAAUGUCCAACGAUCCCAAAGCGUUCCCAGGCACAAUUACAGAAAUGCUAAAUCUACUAAUCAUAAUACUACCCACAACUCCUCGGCCAAAAGGAUCAAACAGCAAACACCGUGUGAGUUGAGUGUACCAAGCGGAAACCGAUGUCCCACCGAUCAAAGCUAUAGAUAUGAUAUGGAUAACAGCUGCAGGAAUAACACCUCAUAUGAUUGGAAUGAUAGCUCUGAAGUUGGCAUGAACUAUGGAGAGUUCCAAAGACGUCAAUUGCUGUUGCAAAAAAUUCAACAGCAGCAGUAUCAGCAAAAGCAGGCCAGACAGCAGAAUCAAUCGAAAAUUUCUUGGUUGGAAGAUGACGAGCCAAUUGCAUUCGAACCCGAUCUCAAUAGCACGAGAAUAGAUCGCGAUGAAUGUCACCUGCAAUCCCGCCUUCAACCAAAACCAAAUGGUCAGAUGUGCAACUCCUGCCAGCAACAAAGUGUGACACGAUCGAUCCUUGAGUGCGAUAAACCACCAGAAAUGAAACGUAAUCCAACGCAGUACGAAAUGGAAAUUAAUGAAACUAGCUAUUUUCAGCCACCAGAGGCUCUGCGAAACGCUAGAAGUAGACCACAAACGAACCCGAAUCUUAGAAACUCACAAGAUAUUUACCCAGAUGCCUCUAUGAAUCAGACACCGAGCUGUCAACAAUCCAUGAGUAAGAAUCUGAAGUCCUUCUCGGAUCCACCCAAAAGUCAAUAUGGUUGCUGUAGUCGUGGCCCUACUGUCGGUGGCAAAAUAAUGGAAGAUAGCCAAAACUGUACCUGUAGUGGUGGUACGUCUGCCUCCAGAAAUCAAACCACUUUGGAAAUGUCUCAAUUAUUGUUGGGGAGGUCGGGCUUGAAUCAAACUUCAUUGGAAAGAACCAAGCGAAAUACUUCUUUGGGAGGACGUUCCAUGCGAAUGCCCAUUGAAACACCUGAGGAUCGUUUGGUGGAGCGCAUUCAGAACGAGUUUCACGAGACCUUGGUCAAGGAUCGCUUUUGUCCUGGCAUCAUACAAGCCAGUCUCGAUGGAAGUGAGGACUUCAACGAGUACUCCAGGGAGAUUGCAUUUGCAGGACCCGUUCCUGAGCAACCAUAUCCGGUGGAUCCCAUCACCAUGAUAGAGGCCAUAAAGCUACGCAUCGACCACGAGCGCAAAGAGAUCCGCAAGAAAAAGGAUCGGAAUGAGGAGCGGAAUGGAGACUUGAUAAAUCAAUCAAAAGAGGGAAGGUCAUCAAGAAGACGGCCAACAAUUACUGAGGACAUUGAUGUUCAUUUUAAACCGAAAAAUAGGUCGGAAGUCAAUGAGGGUGUGGCUGCCUUUCUGAAAGCCGAGACCGAGUAUCAAAAGACUAGUGUGGGAAAAGAUGCCGCCUUUGAUGCCCAUAUCAAUCGUUUUGAAAGUAAUCUCUUUGAUGAAAAAAUUAAAGUCCAUUCCUACACAGCCACAACAAAGCCCACCAAUCGGUAGAUUUAAAUGGAUUCUCAAUCGGAAAAAUGCAUUUAUGCAGCUCACUGGAGUUCAUUUUGCACACAUAUUUUUCAAUGAAUGUAGUGUGUUUUGUAUAAAUCGAGGUAAAAGAGGAAUUAUUUAUUCAUUUUUGCAACUGAACCAUGCUAAAUGCCGACAGAAGUCAACAUAAUAAAGUUUCAAAAAAGUCCCUAAGUAAUCUAGAAA